GCACUGACUCCGCCCCACACAAAGUGGUGUGAGUUGUCAUUGAAAACUCAUGCCGUGUUGUCUAUGCGUUGACUCGUUUUGUAUUUAAAUAGCAUUGAAUAGUACUAAAGCGGAGUACAGUCUCAUCAUUCGCUCAACACGUUUACGGUGUCUACGCGUAUAAAUACAUCACAAGAAAUAACUUGUAAUUUAUAAUUAAUUUAAAAAAUAAUGGCCGACUUCACGGGUAAAUUCAAACUCACCUCAUCGGACAACUUCGACGAGUUUCUCAAGGAGCUCGGCGUGAAUUUUGUGUUGAGAAAUCUGGCGAAGACGUCGACACCGGUGGUGGAGAUCACCAAAGAUGGCGACGUGUUUUCGCUCAAGACGUUGACCGCCAUUAAGAACUCGGAGAUUAAGUUCGAGUUGGGAAAGGAGUUCGAGGAGGCGCGCAUGGAUGGCAAGAAUGUCAAGACAGUAGUGGUGGCCGAUGGCAACAAACUGAUCCAGACCCAACAGGGGGACAAGGAGGUCAAGAUUGUACGUGAGUUCAACGGUAAUGAACUCAAAGUGACCGCAUCGGUAGGUCCGGUCACUAGCGUACGUAUCUAUACCCGACAGUAACGCACAGUCGACUAUUAGGUGGUGGUGUGGCAGCACCGGGUGCUCAACGAAUUAUGUGCUAAUAAUUGUCGCACAAAUUGAUUUUGAUUUUUUUAUAUAAAAUUACCUUUCUCAAUUUAAUAUUAACUCGUUUUUGAUAUAUAUUUCUCAUUAUAAUUAAGUGACAAAAAUGUGUGUUUUGUAUCUCAAAAUUGUUUGAUUA